GUGCUAUUUGACAAUUCCUGCCUCUGCCAUUGGUCAGUGUUGGAUCAGAUGGUUGUAUUUCCUUCUGGCCCUCACUGGCACCUCGCCAUCCCCCCUCAGCUAAAACCCAAUCUCAGAUAUACUACUAAUAGGCGCGGCUCUCGGACUAUAAAACACAACAAAUCAUAAACCCGGCGGAGCAGCAGCGGCCGCGCGCGCCUCCCCUCCCAAUGAGUUCCUAUUUCGUGAACUCCACCUUCCCCGUCACUCUGGCCAGCGGGCAGGAGUCCUUCCUGGGCCAGCUCCCGCUCUACUCGUCGGGCUAUGCGGACCCGCUGAGGCACUACCCCACGCCCUACGGACCCGGGCCCGGCCAGGACAAGGGCUUUGCAGCUUCCUCCUAUUACCCGCCUGCCGGCAGCGGCUACGGCCGGGCGGCGCCCUGCGACUACGGGCCGGCGCCGGCCUUCUACCGCGAGAAGGAGUCGGCCUGCGCGCUUUCGGGUGCCGACGAGCCGCCCCCGUUCCACCCGGAGCCGCGGAAGUCCGACUGCGCGCAGGACAAGAGCGUGUUCGGCGAGGCGGAGGAGCAGAAGUGCUCCACCCCGGUCUACCCCUGGAUGCAGCGGAUGAAUUCAUGCAACAGUUCCUCCUUUGGGCCCAGUGGCCGGCGAGGCCGCCAGACCUACACGCGCUACCAGACGCUGGAGCUGGAGAAGGAGUUUCACUACAAUCGCUACCUGACGCGGCGGCGGCGCAUCGAGAUCGCGCACGCCCUGUGCCUGACGGAAAGGCAGAUCAAGAUCUGGUUCCAGAACCGGCGCAUGAAGUGGAAAAAGGAGAGCAAACUGCUCAGCGCGUCUCAGCUCAGUGCCGAGGAGGAAGAAGAAAAAGCAGCCGAAUGAAGGCGCUGGAAGGGGGCGGGGGGACGCGAAGGGAGAGGCUUUUGGGGAGCCGAGGGCAUCGGAGAGCCCCGAGAAGGCUCUGCGGGCGGGGGAGCCUGGGGACCUGCUCUCCAGCGCGCGACAGGCGGGGCCACUGCUCUCCUGGACGCCCCCGCCCGCAGAGCUCUCGCUGGGCGCUGGGAGGCCGCGCUGCCUGAGCCCAGCCAGCACCCCAGCGCCCACUCCAUCCCCGUGGAAGCUCCUCAGCCCAAAGAGGCUCCCCCGUGAGAACUGAGGACCGGACUCAAUUGAUGUUUCCCGGAAGCAGAGCAAAAUGCUCUUGUCCGUGUCGCGUCUCAUUUCGUCCAUGUCCCCCGUGCACGGUUCAAUGGUAGAUUCGCAGUCCCCUCAGCGGGGGCCUCGAAGACUCCCUGACCCCAGACCUCUCUCCCAGCCCCUCCCCAAAGCCACUGGAAGGAGCACAUACUACCUAGAAGUAAGAA